GGGCGCGGGGGAGGCGCUGCUGCCGCCGCCACCGGGCGCUCUCCGUCCGCCCCGCACCGACGUCGGCGCGAAGCCCCGCCGGCGCCCGGGGGGGGGAGCGGGGGUGGGCGCGUCGCGGGCGAGGCGGGCGAGAGGAGGCAGAUGCUUCCCGAGGCGCAGCCCCGCCGGAGGGGCUCGGCCCUGACCAGUGCCUGUCCGUGCGCCGGCUGAAGUGUUCGGCCCGCCCGCCCUCUCCGGGACGCGGGGACCCACCAGGCGGGUGUCAGGGAGCGGACGGCGCCAUGCGCCCCUCCGAGGAGUGAAGGGCAGUCCGGGCUGCGCCGGUGCGGGCGCCGAACCGCCGCGGAGGUGUCCCGAGGUGACGGGAGGCCGGGAGAGGUGUCGCGCCAGCGCCGGGACCGCCGCUACCGAACCAUUCUUUUCAAUCCUUCCUCUGAGACAGACUAUCAGCAGUGAUGAAACUGUCGGGAAACGAGAGCCACAUCCCCAGGCCAGCUGAAAAGGGCACCAGACACAGGAUUCAAAGGGUCAACUACACCGUGUCUCUUCAGGAAGCCUCCACAAUGAAAAAAACAACCCACAGUUGCUUCUUACUGAUCAUCCUUCUAAUUAGAAUGAUUCCAAGUCUUUCUUCUACUGUAAAUUAUACUGAUCCUACAUUAGAGCCUGUAGUAACUGAAAACUCAGUCAUACGACAGAAGAUAAUAGAUUCACAGUUCAAAUGCUAUGAGAGGAUGAACAGAGCUCCUCCAUAUAAGAAAAAAGGUCUGUUCUGCAACCGAACCUGGGAUGGCUGGUUGUGCUGGGAUGACACACCUGCUGGAAGAGUCACUGCUCAGAAUUGUCCGGAUUAUUUCCCAGACUUUGAUCCAACUGAGAGGGCUUCAAAAUAUUGCGAUGAAACUGGAAACUGGUUCCGCCAUCCUGAGAGCAACCGAACUUGGUCCAACUAUACCCUGUGCAACUCUUUCACCUCUGAAAAAUUGAAGAUGGCGUUCAUACUUUAUUAUAUGGCGAUCGUUGGCCAUGCUUUGUCUAUAGCAUCCCUGUUGAUUUCCUUGGCAAUUUUCUUCUAUUUCAAGAGCCUCAGCUGUCAAAGGAUAACACUGCAUAAGAAUUUGUUUUUUUCUUACGUGCUGAACUCCAUGUUUACAAUUGCCCACCUCAUUGCUGUUGUGCCUAACCCAGGCCUUGUCAAAAGGGAUCCUGUAAGCUGCAAAGUGCUGCAAUUCUUUCACCAGUACAUGCUGGGCUGCAACUAUUUCUGGAUGCUCUGCGAAGGCAUUUAUCUUCACACAUUGAUUGUGGUGGCAGUGUUUGCUGAAGAGCAGCGUUUGCACUGGUAUUACCUCUUGGGCUGGGGGUUCCCUUUAGUGCCAGCAUCUAUUCAUGCUGUUGCAAGAGCCAAAUACUUCAAUGACAACUGCUGGAUGAGUGUUGACACGCACUUGCUCUAUAUUGUUCAUGGACCUGUAAUGGCAGCUUUAUUGGUCAAUUUUUUCUUUCUGCUUAACAUUGUCCGAGUUUUGGUGACAAAGCUAAGAGAUACCCACCGUGCCGAGUCCAACAUGUAUAUGAAAGCUGUCAGAGCCACUUUAAUCCUGGUGCCCUUACUAGGAAUUCAGUUUGUUAUUAUCCCCUGGAGACCAGAAAACCGACUUGCUGGAGAAAUAUAUGAUUACAUCAUGCAUAUAUUAAUGCAUUACCAGGGCUUACUUGUGGCAACUAUAUUCUGCUUCUUCAAUGGUGAGGUACAAGGCGCUUUGAAGCGGCAAUGGACACAGUACAAAACCCAGUGGGGCCAAAGGCGCCGAGAGCACUGUUCCACGCGAUCUACCUCCUACACUGCAACGUCGAUCACAGAGGUCCCCGUUUACCUGUACCAUCAUGAUUCCAACAAUGAACAGUUAAAUGGAAGAUACGUAGAGGACUCUGAACUCGUUGCAUUAAAAUCCGGAGAGACAUCUGCUUAGAUCAGCACCAGCCAUCGCAAACACAUCAUUUCACAUUCUGCUUGUGAACAAAGUGGGGAGAAGGGUGGGAGACGCUGCAGGAGAGGGCAAGACCAGGUGAAAGGACACAUCAUAUUCAAAUCACAUCAGCCUCUGGCAGCGAUGGCGUAGAGGCAGUCUGACGCAGAGUUGGGAAUAGCAUUUGUCCUCUACGCUGCAGCAGGGAGUGAACAUGGAUCUGCCCACCAGGCUGUGUCAUCUCCACAUCUCCUCAUACCGGCCAUAUGAAGUGUCCAUCUGACAGUACUAACAGUGCCAGGUAGCCCACAGCAAACAGGAAAGAAAGAACCAGUAUGUCACAAUUGGAAACUUUCAGCACUUUUUGCUUUCAGUACUUUUCUUUAACACUAGAUUUUGAACUACCGACUUUCACAAGAUGUAACUGCCUUGGAGUCCUUUACUUUUCCCCUUUUAAUGAGCUUGAUGACUUAUUAAAAGAUUUUGCCCAUUGCAAGAUGAAUCAAACAGAUGAACAUAAAAAGAAUCCCUCCAAAGUAUUCAAAUCCUGAUGAUCUCCAAAGGAUGCCCCAAAAUACUAUCCCAUUAGCAGGUGCAUAAAACAAAUGAAGGUGAAAUAGCCAUCACAUACCAAGAUGUCAAACACCCUCAGAGAAACAGAUCAGUUCUUUAGGCUGCCCCAAACAAGUCCGAAAGGCAUCUUAAAAUAGUUUUUGUUUAACAGUACUGGUAGUUCAAGAAUGUUUAUUUAUAGGAAAAAUUGUCACCCUGUUACUCUGCCCAGAAACUCAUCACUAAGGCACAAUUCUUUCACUCUGAAUAAACUGUGAAAUUUGUUUGGAAAUCGUGAUAUGCUUUAAAAGCCAUCGUGAGAUGAAUGCUAGAUGAGUGCUUGUCUCUGUUAUAAAAUUAUGAUCACGGCAGUAAAAGAUCCCAGGUAAGAAAUGUCUUAGCACAGGAAGCAUCUAUUUUUAGAAUCUGGUUGCUGCUUUGAGUCCCUAGUUGUUGAAGGUGAUGAUUUCUUGUGUGAGUCUGAGUCUGUCAUCAGGAAAACAUGAUGAAUGUACAGUUUUGUGAGUGAUAAGCACCUUUUAUCACACAUUCAAAGCAUCAUUAGGGUCUCUGUGUGAUUACUGAGGCAGAAAUCAGGUCAGGGAGAAGGUGAUUUGCAGUUAGAAGUUACAGUACUGUCGCUGUAAAAGUUCUGCAAAUCACAAAAGAAAUAAAAUAGAUUAUUUUCCCACAUGAAGUUAAUUGUAAAGAAUCUGCAAGCAGCAAGGCCAGCGCCAAGGAAGUUUUGCAGGGCUGUGACUCCUAUGGAGUUUUAUGCAUAAAAUGUCUAAUGAAUAUAAUGUCAUUCCUUCUUACAUCCCUCUGAAAAACUGUCCUACAGAUUCCCACUCCCUUGCCUUUGGUUGAGAUGUGCAUGUGAUAUUUCAAAUGCUAACAACUUCAAGAUACUCAUCACAGUCUUUAACUUUGAAGGAAGCUGGAAAGUUAUCAGUCCCCUUUUGUUUUCCUGCUAAUCCACUUGCAUCUGAUGCUUCAACCCCAGCCCAAGCAGGAAGACAUGGUCAGAGGAGGACACAGCUGCAAGUGCCAGUGGUGACACCUGUUCAUCUCAAAUGUGUAAAUACCAGCCCUGACCCGGUGUCCUGGUUUCGGGACAGCAGUACUUCAUCUAUCACCAUUUCUGCUUUUACCAGUGAACAAUGGGAAGCGGAGGACUUAGUCAUUAAAGGCGAUAAGGCGUCUCUGCUAUGAGUGCCGUAUUUCUGAAUAGCUUCGGGGCACACCACACUUCCCUGGAGAGCUCCAGAAGGCGUUCUUAAUUUCUAAAAACACAAACGAGCUGAUUGUAAAAGAAGUGUAUAUAAUACAGAGAGUUUAAUAAUGAACAUGUUGUUUUUAAUAAUGUACAUGUUUACAACAUGUAAGUACAAGUCGUUUUACAGUUUAUUAUGUUCAUGCAGAUGUACAAAAUGGAAAUGCUUUGCCAUUACAGUGCUUGUUCUCUUUCUUCA